AUGGCCUCUUUUCCCAUCCUCUGCCUCGUCCUUGCACUCUUCAGUGCCCGUCUCGAGCUUUCUCAUGCUGAUGAGGCCUCGUCUUUGCCGACCUACAUUGUCCACGUAAAGCACCCUGAGGGAAGAGUCUUCUCUGAGAAUGAAGACUUGCUAACGUGGUACCAGUCCUUUCUGCCCGCUACUACCACAGAGGGCGAGAACAAUGCCAGGCCACGACAGCGCAUGCUGUACUCCUACCAACACGUGCUGAGUGGCUUCGCUGCGAGACUGGCACCUGAGGAAGUAAGCGCCAUGCAAGCGAAGGAAGGAUUCAUGUGGGCCCGUCCCCAGAAGGUGCAUAAACUCCUGACGACGCACACCCCGAGCUUCCUGGGCUUGCAACAGCAAGUGGGCCUGUGGGGGAGCUCAAACUUAGGGAAGGGAGUGAUCAUUGGGGUGCUAGACACGGGAGUCCUGCCCAACCACCCUUCAUUCCGGGAUGACGGUAUGCCCCCUCCUCCCGCUAAAUGGAAGGGCCGCUGCGAGUUCUCAGCUUCGCAGUGCAACAAUAAGUUGAUCGGUGCGAGAUCUUUCAACAUUGCGGCCAUGGCUCUUAAUGGGAAGGACGCAGCUGCAGAACCACCGCUUGAUGAGGAUGGUCACGGGACCCACACAGCAAGCACCGCGGCAGGUGGCUUUGUGAUGCAGGCAGAGGCGCUUGGUCAAGCUAAGGGUACAGCUGUCGGGAUGGCUCCAGGGGCCCACCUUGCAGUCUACAAAGUCUGCUUCGGAGAAGAUUGUGCCGAUGCCGAUAUGCUAGCGGGCCUUGAUGCUGCUGUUGCAGAUGGGGUUGAUGUGCUAUCCCUGUCCAUCGGCAGUGAAUCAACCCCGUUCUUCAAUGACACCAUUGCUGUCGGCUCAUUCGCAGCAAUUCAGAAGGGGAUAUUUGUCAGCUGUUCCGCAGGGAACUCUGGUCCCUUCAAUGCCACGUUGUCCAAUGAAGCCCCAUGGAUCCUCACUGUCGGGGCAAGCACCCUUGACAGGAAAAUCAUUGCCACGGCUAAGCUUGGGAAUGGAAUGGAGUUCGACGGAGAGUCUUUGUUCCAGCCUUACUUCCCCCCAAAAUUAUUGCCUCUCGUGUACGCCGGGAUGAAUGGGAAACAGGAGUCUGCAUUCUGUGCUGCAGGCUCCCUGAAGGACGUGGAUGUUAAAGGGAAGGUUGUCUUAUGCGACCGAGGAGGCAGCAUUGCAAGAAUCGCAAAGGGCCAGGAAGUGAAGGAUGCUGGUGGGGUCGCCAUGAUUUUAGCAAACCAAGAGCAAGACGGCUCCAGUACCUCGGUUGAUGCCCAUGUUCUUCCCGCAACACACGUGAGCUUCCUUGCAGGGCAGAAGAUCAAAGCAUACGUGAACUCAACAAGGACCCCAACUGCAGUAAUCGUGUUCAAGGGAACAGUGAUUGGGGACCCAUCAGCUCCAGCCGUUACCUCUUUCUCUUCCCGCGGGCCCAACCUGGCAAGCCCAGGGAUCCUGAAGCCUGACAUCAUCGGGCCUGGGGUGAGCAUCCUGGCAGCUUGGCCCUUCCCUCUGGACAACAACACAGCCUCCAAAUCCACUUUCAAUAUAAUGUCGGGAACGUCCAUGUCUUGCCCUCAUCUUAGCGGCAUUGCUGCUCUGAUCAAAAGUGCUCACCCUUACUGGUCCCCUGCCGCAGUCAAGUCGGCUAUCAUGACGACUGCUGACCAAUUAAACCUUGCCGGGAAGCCCAUUGUGGACCAGGGACUCCUCCCUGCAGACAUUUUUGCGGUCGGUGCUGGACAUGUUAACCCCAACAAGGCCAGCGACCCUGGACUGAUUUACGAUAUUAGCCCCGAUGGUUACAUACCUUACCUCUGCGGACUUGGCUACACUGAUGAUGCAGUCGGAGUCAUUGCACACAAACCCAUUAAAUGCUCCCAAGUACCAAGCAUACCUGAAGGCCAACUGAACUACCCAUCCUUUGCCGUCACCUCGGGGCCUCCACAGACAUUCAUCAGAACCGUGACAAAUGUUGGAGAGGCGUAUUCAUCCUACGCUGUCACGGUCGUCCCACCACCUGGCACAUAUGUGACUGUCAAGCCCAGUAAGCUUUACUUCUCGAAACUUAACCAGAAGGCAACAUACUCGGUGACCUUCACCGUCUAUGGUUCUGCUUACAAGUCAGGUGAAUACACGCAAGGGUACUUGAAAUGGGAUUCCGCUAAAUACUCCGUCAGGAGUCCAAUUUCAGUCAUGUUCAAGUGAGACAGGUCUCUCUUGUCUGCAAAUAUGCCAAGAAAUGGCUUGUACGGUUGUCUCAGCACGAGUUCCUUGUGCCGAAUGUUUCCAUUCAAGAAGAUAAUUUGCAUCCUUGAACUAUUCUAA